AUGCAAGAAAUGUUUCCAUCAUGGUCUUGGUCGUCCGUUGAUAAUGAAAUACGCCUCUGCCCUAGAAACGGUCAAUGGGAGAGAAUUUCUGUAUCGCUAGCACAGUUUGCUAUCCCGUCCGCCCAGAAUAGGCAAACUCAAUGGAAAGUUCUUCAAAGUACAUCAACAGAGCCCCAUAAGCUAGAUUCUCGGCAUUUCAAAGAUCAUAUUUUGGCUUGUCUUGCUGUAUUAAUAGCCUGGAAGGGAGGGUGUUUCCCAGGUAAGCUUCCGGAAGCUCUUGAUGCCAAGGUUACUUGGGAAGAAUAUGUUAGUAUCAUUCGCAGGAAAUGGACAUCGCUUGCCCAGAUGGGUGAUGAAGCAUACUGCAUGCAAGAAGGCCUCCUCUCUGUGAGCGACCAAGAGGCAAGGUUUCCACUUAAAGCCCAGCAUGCUUGUCGAGAUGGAUGCAUCCUUGUUUAUACCCAGUCACUUCGGCUUCGGAUGAAAGGCCCUGAAGACUCCAUGGGCUAUGUCAAGCUUCUCGAUCGAGGUGGCAACAUGGUUGGGUGGCUAGAACCUACUUCCAUUAACUGGGGACGCCUUCGUCAAAUUCCUGAUUGGAAUAAUGGAGCCAAAUUCGAUGUCCUGGCUUUGUCCUUGCAGUACGAGGCAAAAUAUACUUAUUCGUACUCCGCAACUCAUCCUGCACGAAGCUAUGGUCGCGACGUCGCGAACUGGCGUGACUCGAAUCAAAAAACCAUCUUUAUAGACGACCACAUCGAUCGCAUCAGUCCCUACGAUGUCCACUUGGUCACUGUGAAUUUGAUGGUUGUUGAGUCAGAAAACGGCAUCAGGAAGCGCGUUGCACUUGCAGAGGCUGCUUUGAAGAUUUGGAUACAAGCAAAACCCCAGUUUCACACCUUUAUUCUUGGAUAG